AUGAACUUCUUGAACACCACGUGGCGGUCGUCGGUUGCAGACAGGUCCAGAUGGUCUUCUGGAGGAACCUUGAGACUGUUUGUGUCUGGGGCUGGGGUGGCAUUGGGUGAGGGAGGGACAGACUGCGCGUCCAGACUGAACAGUUCCUGCAUGCUGGGUCUUUUGGAUGUCGAGUUGAACGAGUUGUUUCUGCUCAGCAUCUCUGACGACGCAGAAAGUACUCGUCUGGGGAUUGCAGGCCGGCCUGAGCUGUCAAUGUCUGUAUCUACGGAGGAGUCGUCAGAAUCGGAUUCUGUUGCCAUUCCUGCACCAGACAGAACGAGGGAGUCUGUGCGGGAUUUUCGGAGAGCAACAGACCGUAUUCGGCGGUUUUUCUGUGCGUCGGUUCGCCAGUUCUGCAGAGGCAUGAUAAGUCAAACUAUCUCGCUUUGA